AAUAAAGGAUUUCACCAGAAAAUGUUAUUUCAAUAUGCCCCUCCCAUUUCAAGUCAUUCUCUCCCUCGUGCGCAGCGCAGCAAUUUCACGUUCACCAUUCUGCAGCCAGCUUUUUCUGUCUUUGGUGGCUACGUAUUUGUGUUGUGCAGUACACGAAGCGACGUCUCGUUUUCUUCGGAGUCAAAUCACCAAACAAUUGGGCCUGCUUCUUUUUGUUUGCUUGCCGUCUCCCGUCCCAAGGGCGUAACUGCAUUUUAUAUGACUUUUCAUCGCCAUUUCGAAAUAUCACAAUCCAGAGGAAAAUCUGGGCGUUUACACAUAGCCCUCGAGCCAAUUUUUGGCCUAGACCCUAGGUGUAUGAUUUCAACUACGUGGGAGAACCCCAUCAGUUGUAGGACUUCAAAAUUUUCAAGUAAUAGGCACCGAAAAUUGCAGCCAUUCAGAGAAACGUGACUCGACCAAGGUCGCCACCUAGUCUCCAUAAACAGCAAACUGAUUUGAGUUAAAGAUUGAAAUUCUAUCAUUUAAGUCUAUUUUACUGUUAACCACCACCGACACGAGUACAUCACCCUGAAUCUGAAAAACGAGAGCACCACUUCCAGCCCAAACACGCGCUCCCAACAUCUAGCUCGCACUGCUGAGCAGUUCGGCACCACCUGCGGCCACGUCUCUUGAUCACACGCGCACCACCAACCGUCAAGAUGUCUGUCAACGUCAACAGAAACAAUCCGGACCCUUUCUACCGGUACAAGAUGCCUCGCAUCGUGGCCAAGGUCGAAGGCAAGGGAAACGGCAUACGCACCGUCAUUGUCAACAUGAGUGACGUUGCCAAGGCCCUGGCCCGUCCUGCGACCUAUCCAACCAAGUUCUUUGGCUGCAAGCUCGGAGCGCAGACCCAGGUCGACUUCAAGAACGACCGUUACAUCGUCAACGGUGCUCAUGAGGCAUCCAAGUUGCAAGACCUACUUGACGGCUUCAUCAAAAAGUACGUCCUCUGCCCAUCCUGUGACAACCCGGAGACCGUUCUCCUUGUGAAGAGCAGCAUCAUCAACCAGACCUGCAAAGCUUGCAGUCACUACGGUGCCAUCAAGGUUGACUAUGGCAUCAACACGUACAUCAUCAAGAACCCACCUGAGGUCAACCCUGCCAGCCAAGGUAAAUCCUUGACUGAGGGCAAACGCGGAAGACGCUCCAAGAGGCAACAAGAUGACUCUGACGACAAAAAUGGGCGUUCAUCACCCCCUGAAGGCGACGAAUCGUUCAUUGAUGAUGAAGACGAUGUGGGGGACGACUACUGGGACAGCAUUGCAGAGGAACCUUCUGUUCUGAAAGAAGAGCUCACCGAGACGCUCAGGAACCUCACUAUGAACGAAGAUUGUGAGCUGAGCGAGAAGGAACGCAUGGAUCUGUUCUACGAGGAGGUGAAGAAAUUCCGCGACGCAGGCACUCUAGGAACAAAACACAAGGAACUUGAAUCGAUGGCCGACCGACUUGAAAUCCGUGCCAAGGUCCCUCUGAUCCUGGUCGAGUUGCUGUGCGAUGAGAAUCUUCUGAGCCAAGCAGGAAAACACCGCUUGCUAUUCAGGCGCUUCACCGACGACAACCCCAAGGCUCAGAAGUAUGUCAUUGGCGGGCUUGAGCAGAUCAUCGCUCUCCACAAAAACGUUUUGAUGCCCAAGGUCGCCCACAUCUUGAAGCUGUUUUACGACAAUGAUAUUCUCGACGAAAAGGUCAUCCUGGAGUGGGCUGCCAAAGUCAGCAAGAAGUAUGUCAGCAAGGAGCUAAGCGAGGAGAUGCACCAGAAGGCUGAAGUAUUUGUCAAGUGGCUGCGCGAAGCUGAGGAGGAGGAGAGCGAGUCUGAGGAGGAGGACGAAGACGAUGAUGAUGAUGUAGAGAUUGAAUACAAUGAUCGUGUAAGCUCGACCCAGCUGACCAAGGUGCAGCAGCCACCCGCAAAGAAGCCUGCAGCAGCCGAGGAUGGCAUAGACGACAUUGACAUUGACGCCAUCUAGGUCCGCUUGAUUAUCAGUAGCAGAUUUUUUCCAUCCACACGACCCUCCUUUCUACGCAUCAGUCCGUUUCUGCAACUUCCACACCCUCUUGGCACAUGAGAUCCAACCAAUACAAAUCAAAGCAUUUUUCUCUUUCAAAUCGAAAGAUGAUGAUGAUGUCUGUCGGUGUUAACUGAUUUCAUUGUGAUCUUAAUUAUGGUAAUUUGUUUCCUCGCUGGUUUCUUUUGCACAAUGUCGGUUGAAGUUGAAACAGUUGAAGUAUUGUAGCAUUUAUGAUUACUCAUGUGCCAUUUAUUGGAUUAAAAACAAUGAUUUGGCAAUCUUAUGAUCACAGUUAAUUGGCAGUUAGCAUUAAUUCGGUGUAUAUCUAAAGCUAUCAUUCUUACAAAUUUGCAGUUUUUAACAGAUACGUUGUAGACAUAAACCAGCAAAACUUGAUUCAAAAGUUUUAGUAAUCACUAAUCACUUCCGCCAACUUCGCAACCUAUUAUUGAUGUAAUUACCUGUGGUUGUAUUGAGUUGUUUGGCAAAAUAUUAAAUGGUUUAUUUCAGCA